AUGGCUUUGUCUCAGGAGACGAUUUUAACCUUUUUAUUGGAGCACGGUGGAAAGGUGAAGAAUUCUGAACUGUUGGAUGAGUUUAAAGGAUUUAUCAACAGCAGCGAUCCCGCGGAAAAGACACAAAACAGGAAUCUCUUUAAGAGUUUUGUGAACAAUGUUGCAGUUGUUAAACAGAUCGACAAUGUCAAGUUUGUAGUCGUGAAGAAAAAAUACCAAGAAUUUGUGAAAGUUAAAAAGAAUCAGUUGGAAGAUAGCCCAGUCAGCCGAAAUUGUUCUUUUUCUUCUUCUUCCAUGAGCCUCAGUAGCAUUUCAAAACGUGAGUUCCAGAUUUAUCAUUCAGAUGUUGAAAACAACAAUUCGUUCGUUUCUCUGAACAAAAAUCACGGAUAUUUAAAUGGUAACGUCGGAAGUUCGCUCCCUGAUUGUCCAGCUCAAAAUAACGGUUCAUCGAGCUGCCAUGAUGCACCGGCUCAAGUUGAUGGGUCAAUAACAGCUUGUUCCGAGGAGACUGUACGAGCCAGAGUACUCAGUGUAUCGAGUGAAGUUAAAAGGGGGAAAACCAGAGCUGUUUUUGCUAUUGUUGCAGUUAAAUCACCACCAAAUUCACAGUUUGAUCGCUUAAGUGACGAGACAGACAAAGUAGAGCCAAGAGUUCUGUGCUCCGCACGGCAGCAGUGUGAGUUGUCAUCAGAGACUCGUACGUUUCAAGUGACGACUGAGACAACGCAUCCUAUCACAAAUACCCAACAUCGAAGUAAAGCCGUGGAGGAGAAUGAUCUACGCAAAACUCCAAGACCAAAAAGGCGGCAGGCAGAGGCUCAGGCACCAAGUUCACCUCAUCUUAAAAAAGGCAACAAAUUAUCUAAACCAGGUUACACCUCAAAGUAUUCAGAGGGGCCCCCCUUGGAGCCCACAGAGCAUGAGUGGCUUGUUCAGUUAGCCACUGGGCACUGGGGUCAUGUGUAUGGCCUGCUCCUGAAUGACAUUCAGCUAGCUGAGAAGAGAGACUUCAUAUCUGGCUUCACAGCUCUUCACUGGGCUGCAAAAAGUGGCAAUUUUGAGAUGGUUUGUAAAAUCAUUGACAUUUCCAAGAGAAAUGGCAUGGAUAUUGAUGUUAAUAUCAAGACCCACGAUGGAUACACACCUUUACACAUUGCUGCCAUACACAAUCAUGAAUCUGUGUUAACUUUACUAGUGCGUGAUUAUGGUGCCAAUUUCAACAUAAGGGAUAACAGUGGAAAAAAGCCUUACUACUAUUUGCAGAAAGGUGUAUCUUUACAGGUGAGAGAGAUGCUUGGAGACCCUCAGGUGUUGUAUCAGCGGCCUUUGUAUGAUAAAACAGAGAAUGAAUGUCCUUCUGAGGUCUCACGUGGUUUCAACACUUUGAGUAGGUUAUUUCAGCCACCUGUGGGAUACAGAAGAAAACAGAGACAUCGUCUGAGCUUCCAUUUCGUCAGUGACGACAACGAAGAUUACAAAAAACAGAAUGAUGCGCUCGGCCAUAGGUUAGUCCAGUGA